UUUCUGUGUGUGUGUGUUUUCUCUGCGGCUGAUCUCAUUGAUGUCCUGCGGGUGUUGGACCUGUCAGAGAACAUGGAGGGGGUGUCCUUGGAGGCUGGUCUUUGCAGCAGCAGGAGGGGCAUGGAGCAGCCGGACCUGGCCUACAAGAUAGACAAAAAGAUCCAGCUCAGUGCUCCCACCAAACAACUUUUCCCUGAUUCCAAAUUCCCUGAGAGUUUCUCCUUGAUGGCUACACUGCGAGCUAAAAAGGGCUCCCAGUUCUUCCUGCUUUCAGUGUAUGAUGACCAGGGGGUCCAGCAGCUGGGGCUGGAGGUGGGACGUUCGCCUGUCUUCCUCUAUGAGGACCAACAUGGGCAGCCCACACCAGAAAUGUACCCCAUCUUCAAGAAGAUCAACCUAGCUGAUGGAAAAUGGCACAGGAUAGCCUACAGCGUGCAGGACAAGUCUGUGACCCUCUACUUGGACUGCCAGAAGGUCGAGACCCUGGAUCUGCUGCGAGGGGACGAUGCUGUCGUCAGUACAGAGGGUGUCACUGUGUUUGGGACACGGCUGCUGGACGAAGAUGUGUUUGAGGGAGAUAUUCAGCAACUACUGAUUCUGGAAGAUGCCCAGGCUGCUGCCAACUACUGUGAUAACUACAUACCAGACUGUGACUCUGCUUUGCCAUACAACAGGCAAACCCUGGACCUGCAGGAGGUUAGUAUAAACUCCCAACUUGGGUCUGAUGCCUUGAUGCAAAGUGACCAGCCAGAAGAACCAAAGGAGGUCUCCAAAAAGGACAGGAAGGGCAAAAAGAACAAAAAGAAGAGAGACAAGGGCUCGAAAGGCAAGCGCAAAGGGAAGGGCAAGAAGGGAUCCAGAAAGAAAAAGCAUCAGGAGGAGGGUCUUGAGGACGGCUUCCUCACAGUGUCCACAACACUGCCUGAGUAUCUAUCCCAAGAACCUUUUGUGACCACAGUGCUGCCAGAAAUUAAGAACACCCGAGAAACUGUCAUUCCCACUGAAGUCUUCGACAAGACCCUCGUGGAGAUGCCCACACACGAACCUGACUCCACAACCGAGGCACCCGCCGCGGUGCCCACUGCAGUGCCUGAAUCAGUGGUAACUGAGGAGGAGGACAAGCCCGUAAAGAAGCCAUUGGUGGAAGAGUAUGGAGAUGACCUUUACAGAGACCUCUAUGAUGAUCUCUCAGUUUCCACGGUAACAGCGGGCCCAAAUGUUACUGAAUAUGAGCUUCUUGAAUACGAAGAUUUCAAGAAUGACACAGAGUACGAGGAGUAUGAAGCAUACGAGGACGGCUUUGAAUUUGCGGAGCGGGAGAGAGCAGAGACGUGGGACGGACAGGGUAGCCUCAGAGCAGAGAAAGGCCAGAAGGGAGAGCCAGCUAUUAUUGAGCCGGGUUCAUUGGCGGUGGGACCCCCAGGUCUACCAGGGCCAGAGGGGCUCACUGGCCCAGCUGGACCAACAGGUCCUCCAGGACCCAGGGGAGAUCCUGGUGAAUUGGGUCCCCCAGGACGUCCCGGUCUUGCUGGGGCUGAUGGAAUUCCAGGUCCUCCAGGAACCCUGUUGAUGCUACCAUUCCAGUAUGGAGGUGAUUCCCAGAAGGGACCAGUGGUGUCUCCCCAGGAGGCACAGGCACAAGCUAUCCUGCAACAGACCAAGCUGUCACUGAAGGGACCUCCAGGUCCAAUGGGUCUCACAGGGCGACCAGGCCCACUGGGUUUUCCAGGUCCCACUGGGCUCAAAGGAGACAGCGGAGACAGUGGCCAUCCUGGACCACGUGGUUUGCCGGGCCCUCCCGGAAUUAAUGGAAAGCUAGGAAAAAGGGGGCGUGCGGGAGUGGACGGAGGUCGUGGAGCUCCAGGUGAAACAGGCUCUAAGGGUGACAGGGGCUUUGACGGCCUGCCAGGUCUCCCAGGAAACAAGGGACACAGAGGGGACAGAGGAAAGCCUGGUCCUCAUGGGCCUGUUGGAGAGCCAGGAGAAAAGGGAUCUGAUGGACCUGUGGGGCCAAGAGGGCAGCCAGGUGAACCUGGUUCUCGGGGUCUUGUUGGGCCAAGGGGGCCACCUGGCCCACCUGGCCAACCGGGUAUUAGUGGAACUGAUGGCGUGCAGGGGUCAAAGGGCAAUCUGGGUCCAGCUGGAGAGAUAGGGCCGCCGGGUCAACAGGGAAAUCCAGGAGUACAGGGCUUGCUUGGUCCUCAGGGUCCCAUUGGACUGCCAGGGGAGAAGGGUCCCCAGGGGAAACAAGGCAUGCAGGGACUACCAGGCAUUGAUGGCCCGCCUGGUCACCCAGGAAGAGAGGGCCCCCCGGGAGAGAAAGGAAUUCAAGGUUUACUAGGAGCUCAGGGGCCUGUCGGGUACCCAGGGACCCGCGGAGUCAAGGGGGCAGAUGGAGUUAGGGGUCUAAAGGGGAGCAAAGGAGAGAAGGGAGAAGAUGGCUUCCCUGGGUUCAAAGGUGACAUGGGCAUCAAGGGAGACAGGGGUGAUAAUGGAGCUCCGGGUGCUCGUGGAGAGGAUGGACCGGAGGGGGCAAAGGGCCAAUCAGGACCCAUGGGAGAUCUUGGAACUGCUGGGAUCGCUGGCGAGAAGGGUAAACUCGGUGUGCCUGGAUUGCCAGGAUACCCAGGAAGACAAGGUUCUAAGGGAUCGCUUGGCUUCCCUGGUAUGGCGGGGGCCUCAGGAGAGAAAGGACGAAGGGGUCCAGCUGGUCAGCCAGGGUCUGGGGGCCAAAGAGGUCCUAAUGGAGCCCGGGGGGGAAGGGGAGCGAAUGGGCCCAGUGGAAAGCCUGGAGAAAAGGGUUCGGCUGGACAAGAUGGUCCUCAGGGAUCCCCUGGAGAACAGGGUCCUCAAGGACCACAGGGAAGGAACGGUGAACCAGGACCUAGAGGGCCUAAUGGACCACCUGGAAAAGAUGGGUUACCAGGUCACCCAGGCCAGAGAGGGGAACCAGGCUUCCAAGGCAAGAACGGACUCCCUGGCCCCCCAGGUGUCGUUGGACCACAGGGCAAAUCUGGUGAGACAGGGCCAACUGGAGACAGAGGCCACCCAGGUUCACCAGGACCACCGGGUGAGCAUGGUUUACCGGGAUCUGCCGGAAAGGAGGGCGCCAAGGGAGACCCAGGUCCACCAGGAGCCUCUGGGAAAAGUGGCCCUGCUGGGCUCCAAGGCUUCAGAGGGAGCAGAGGGACCCCUGGUGCAAUGGGUCCUGCAGGUCUGAAGGGAGGAGAGGGUCUACCUGGCAUUGCAGGAGCCAUUGGUGCUACUGGAGAGAGAGGCCCCGCUGGGCCGGCUGGUGCUAUUGGGCAGCCAGGACGGCCCGGUGGUGUGGGUCCUGCUGGGCCGAUGGGAGAGAAAGGCGAGCCAGGAGAAAAGGGGCCUGUGGGGCCGGCUGGGCAUGAUGGGGAACUGGGACCUGUAGGGCUGCCAGGGGCUGCAGGACCUCCUGGGCCUCCAGGAGAGGACGGAGACAAGGGAGAGACAGGAGGACCUGGACAGAAGGGCAGCAAAGGAGACAAAGGAGAAGCUGGACCCCCAGGACCUGUUGGAAGUCAAGGACCUGUGGGCCAGCCAGGACUGCCAGGUGCCGAUGGUGAGCCAGGUCCUCGUGGGCAGCAGGGCAUGAACGGUGCAAAAGGAGAUGAAGGACAUCGAGGCUUUAAGGGGGCAUCUGGUCCCUCUGGACUACAGGGAAUGCCAGGACCACCAGGGGAGAAGGGAGAGAGCGGGCAUGUUGGCUCAAUGGGUCCUCCAGGACAGCACGGCCCACGAGGCCCUCAGGGGCCCAUUGGUGGAGAGGGUGCACCUGGAAUGCCUGGUGGAGUCGGUCAGCCUGGACUUGUUGGAGAAAAGGGUGAGGACGGUGAGGCUGGAGACCCUGGAUCAGUUGGAGAGCUUGGCACUGCUGGUGCUAAAGGCGAUGUGGGGGAGAAGGGUGACUCUGGCCCUCCUGGUGCAGCUGGGCCUCCAGGACCCAGAGGAACACCAGGCGAGGACGGACCCAAAGGCAACCUUGGCCCUAUUGGAUUCCCCGGAGAUUCAGGACCCCCUGGAGAAGCUGGUGUCAAUGGAGUAGAUGGUGCACCAGGGCCUAAGGGAGACAAUGGAGAACCUGGCAAAUCAGGACCCCCGGGAGCCUCCGGAGAGCCAGGUCCUUCAGGACCUCCUGGACGGAGGGGUCAUGUAGGUGCUGCAGGAAAAGAAGGGAAGCAAGGCAUGAAGGGAGCCAAGGGGACAACAGGAACCCAGGGUCCAGUGGGUAAGACAGGCCCGGUGGGGCCCCAAGGACACCCAGGAAGGUCUGGCCCUGAGGGGUUUCGAGGCAUCCCAGGUCCUGCGGGUGAACAAGGUUUAAAUGGGCCACCAGGACAAACUGGACCUCCAGGACCAAUAGGGCCUCCAGGACUUCCGGGAUUAAAAGGAGACCCUGGAAAUAAGGGAGAUAAAGGACAUGGUGGGUUGAUCGGUCUAAUUGGCCCCCCAGGAGAAUCUGGUGAGAAGGGAGACAGAGGCCUGCCAGGGAACCAGGGUACACCGGGGCCUAAAGGAGAUUCGGGUGGUGUCGGCUCAUCUGGUCCCACUGGCCCACCAGGACCACCAGGACUGUCAGGUGCAGCUGGUCAGAAAGGAUCGAAGGGAGAUUCGGGUGUUGUUGGUCCCAGAGGAGAUCCAGGCCCUGCUGGCCCCCCAGGACCCCCCGGACCCCCUGCUACAAUGGUUGAGCCCCUUCCCAUCAGGGAGGGCAGGCGGAAGAGACGGAGGCACUCUGAUCGUGCAGGAGGAGCAGCCGCGGCCAGGGAGGAGGAUGUGGAUCUGGACAUGGAGGAGUUCCUCCAGGGAGAUCAGCCUCUGGAGGACGCUGAGGGAAUGGAAGAAGUCUUUGCUACCCUCUCUUCUAUGAAAACUGAAGUGGAGUUGAUGAGGAGGCCCUUGGGAACCUUCGAGAGCCCUGCCCGGACCUGCAAAGAGCUCAUGAUGGUUCAUCCUGAUUACAAAGAUGGAGACUACUGGAUAGAUCCUAACCAGGGCUGUAACCGAGACUCCAUUAAGGUGUACUGUAACUUCACAGCUGAUGGAGAGACCUGUCUCUACCCUGACAAGAGGAUUGAGAUGGUGAAAUUAGCAGCGUGGAACAAAGAGAAGCCAGGAAGCUGGUACAGCCAGUACAGGAAAGGAAAGCAGUUCUCCUACAAUGACAGGGAUGGGAACCCUGUGCAUGUCGUUCAGCUGACCUUCCUGAAACUACUGAGCGCCACAGCCAAGCAGAGCUUCACCUACACCUGCCAGAACUCGGCGGGCUGGUUUGACAACGCCUCCCGCUCCUACCAGCGUGCCCUCCGUUUCAGGGGCAGCAAUGAUGAGGAGCUGACGCAAGCCAAAAGCCCCUUCAUCAACGCAGUGCAUGAUGGAUGCCAGUUCCGCAAAGGUCAGGACAGGACUGUUCUAGAGAUUGACUCCCCCUCUGCAGAGCUGCUCCCUAUUAUAGAUGUGGCUGCAGCCGACUUUGGCAGCAGCAACCAGAAGUUUGGAUUCCAAGUUGGACGAGUAUGCUUCAGCGGUUAACAUCUUGCCAGCAACAAACGAACAAACAAACAAACAAACAAACAAACAAAAAAAGACCUGCACAGCAAGUUUUCAGUGAAAGAAACUGGACUUUUACCGCUGGCCCAAUCAAUAUUUAUUACAUUAUGUUCCUGUAUGUGGUGGGUUUGUGGUAUAUUAUUUAAGAUUCUUCAACAGCCAAUGAAAUAGGUUCUAUGGCUUUACAACAGCAAUAAGAAGAAUGGCAAGAAAGAGGACAUGCAACAGUGGGCACAAAGCACAUUUA